GAAAAAUUGAUAAACCCAGUGUCUGGCCAAUCGCGAGGGUUUGGAGUCGGGUUUUAAAGUUAGUGGAAGUGGCAGGGUGAUUGAUAGGGACGGUAGAAAGCGUUGUGCAUUAUCUGCAAAUUAAAUUCAACGUUAAUUUAAUGACAUUGCCCCGAAUAGCUGUGCAAGGAACAGUGUUGUCCAUUGUCGCUUUAUAGGUUAAAGAUGGCAUCGACUCCCGAGGAAAACGAUAACGACAGCAAGGUAAACAACUCAGAUCGGUUUCUGUGGACCUGAACAACGACACCUCUUUCAUGAUCGACAUUCCUGACGCCCUCUGUGAAAGAGAUAAAGUCAAGUUUACAGUGCACACCAAGACUACACUAGGCACCUUCCAGAAACCAGAGUUUUCAGUGCUCAGACAACAUGAAGACUUCAUCUGGUUACAUGACACGCUUGUUGAGACUGAAGAGUAUGCAGGACAUAUUAUUCCUCCAUCCCCUCCGAAGCCUGACUUUGAAAGUCCGAGGGAAAAGAUGCACAAGCUGGGAGAAGGGGAGGCCACCAUGACGAAAGAAGAGUAUACCAAAAUGAAACAAGAGCUUGAAGCCGAGUACCUAGCAGUAUUUAAAAAGACAGUGCAAGUCCAUGAAGUUUUCCUGCAGAGGCUUUCUUCACACCCAGUCCUCAGUAAAGAUCGCAACUUCCACAUUUUCUUGGAGUAUGAUCAGGAUCUGAGUGUGAGGAGGAAGAAUACCAAGGAAAUGUUUGGCGGUUUCUUUAGAAACAUGGUGAAGACUGCGGAUGAAGUGAUCAUUUCUGGAAUAAAGGAAGUGGAUGAUUUUUUUGAUCAAGAGAAGACAUUCCUUCUUGAUUAUUACAACAAAAUCCGAGAUGCAACUACGAAAGCGGAAAAAAUGACAAGAACACACAAAAAUGUUGCGGAUGACUACAUUCACUUCUCAGCCACGUUGAACAGCCUUUCUGCAGACGAAUCCACUGCACUUAAAAUGUACCUGCUGAAGCUUGCAGAGCUAUUUGAAAAACUCAGGAAAGUGGAAGGGAGAGUGGCUUCUGAUGAAGAUUUGAAGUUGACCGAGUUGUUAAGAUACUACAUGAGAGACAUUCAAGCAGCUAAGGACCUGUUGUAUCGGCGAGCGAGAGCCCUUGCAGACUACGAGAACUCCAAUAAGGCUCUGGAGAAGGCACAACUGAAGAGCAAAGAGGUGCAACAAGCAGAAGAGCACCAGCAACUCUGCUGUCAGAAAUUUGAGAAGCUCUCCGAGUCUGGAAAGAGAGAACUGACAAGUUUUAAAGGGAGGAGAGUGGUGGCUUUUCGCAAGAAUCUUAUUGAAAUGGCUGAACUAGAAAUAAAGCAUGCAAAAAGCAGCGUGUCUCUCCUGCAAAGCUGUAUUGACAUGCUAAAGACUAAUUGACUGUUCAUUGACAUGUCUUCUGAUGCAGUGAGAAGGGAAUAUUAAGCCAACUGUGAUUUGCACUUCAGUUGUGUAUUGCCACAAAAUUUUUACAGUUAGCUGAACCCCAGCUGAUCCCAGGUUUACAUUGAUUUGUAUGCCCCUAUAUCUAGUAAACCAUUUUAGGUAAUCAUUGCAUUUGUUAUAAUCAGUUACUCUCAUAGGUCUUGCUGCUAAAAUGUGGCAUGCCUAAAGUCAAGGAAAAUACAUGUUUUUAUUACUUUAGUACGGUACCUUUUCAUAAUGCGGUCAUGUAAAACUUAACAAAGUAAUUUCUUAUGUAUGUAUAAAUAUAUAACAUUUUCUUUAUUCAAAUGAUAUGAGGAAGUAAGACUUUUAUUAUGGGGAAUAUUACCCAUAUAAUGAAUGACUUUUUUGGCAUGCCAGAUUUAUCCAAUUAGGAAGAAAGCAUUUUAAGUGGUUUUAUAGAAUAACACUGGACUCAAGUAUUGCAGAUGGCUUCCAAUUCUAGUCUUGGGGCUGCAGAAAUGGACCCAUUUCUUUCUACAACCACAUAAUAUAUAGGUCAUAAAGUCAGUGUUCCAAAUUGCAUUUCUUGUGUGGUGAGGUGGGAAUAUUGCUCUAUGACCAGAGCAACUAUAUUGUGUGUAUUGUGUGGACCCAGCCUGAGUUCAGUGCUUUUCACUUUUAAAUUCUUCCAACUAGGGGUGCACCGAUAAAACGCUAUCGCCAGUUUUUGUUAUUUUAGCCGAUAAUGUACACCGAUAUUCAUGCUUAAAUUUCUGCCAGCACAGAAUUGAAUGUUUGGUCAGGCGCGCUUAUUAUGAGACAGUCAUUUCCCUUGCAGUAUUGUUUAAGGUGUGAUCAACCUGCAGUAAAUCUGUCUCAAAAGAGCCGUGUUUGGAUUUUGUUUUUAAAUAUCUGAAGACAACAGUAGGAUAGCGAGUUGUGUGCAGCAGAACAGACUUGAUGCUGCUGUAAAGUUGUACUUGUGUUGAUUCAGGGCGAUGCAAGCGUACCAGUAAUGGAGGUGUUAUUUAUUUUCUCUGUCGGAACACAGCUUAGUUGACUUGAAACAAAAGUAUAGACAAGGAGUAUAUUUUACUGCUGCUUCUCUCUUUUUGUCACAUCCCAUUUGUUCUAGCUUUAUUGUUCACCUGUCCCUAUAUGGCAAACACAGUAGUCCAAAACUAAACUUAAAGGUGCAGUCCUCCAAAUCCGAACCGAUCAAUUUUCAAGCAGAAAUGUAUUACUGUGCCGUCUUGUUAAGUAACAAAUUCAAGUUUGACUAAAUUUCAUAACCGGAAAUGUCUUUUUUUUAUUAUUAAGUUGGGCUGCAUUUUUAAGCAGUGUAUGCUUACAAUAAGAAUUUAACUAACGUUGCUGUAGUUGACAUUGCGUAGGCUACAUUUUUAUUUUCUACUGUACAGUAUAGGUAGAAGUUAUAAUACGCAAUGUUUGACAGCAAGUGGCUAUAAAAGUUAAUGUCACAUUAAAUAUUUUUUUUCUACAGAAGUGUUUUCACUACAGUCAGCACUCACAUAUCCAACCCUGUAAAUUUUGACUUCAGUGAUGGUUAAACGCGUGUGACGCAUAUCUGAUUAUUUCAUUUUGGCCCGUUCCAACCCUUGUCCGUUUUUCAGGGAACACAAAAAAGAUACAAUAUCAAAAAUACAUAUCUGAAAAGACUGUGUUUUUUAAAUAAGUAGGCUUCCAUUUAGAUGUACUGUAUUGGUUUGGUUGGUACAGUACUAUAUUAACAGAAGUAGUAUUUUAAUUCAGAACAAUAUGAUUCUGAAAAUAUCACUUUGCCAAAAGUGACGACACGUGGAUUGUAAUACAGUACAUACUUUUAAAUCCAGUUCGUUUUGUAGCAGUAUGUAAAAUUCCCCGUUAACGACCCAACAGCAAAAUGAAAUCAAAAUGUUACCCAUGCACAGACUGCGUAUAAUGUAAAAGGUAAUGCAAUUUAGCACAAAAAAAACAGUUUCCAGAAUUAACAGUAUCCAAAGUCAGUAUUCAAAAUUGCAGAAUAUAGUGCUCGAUAAUGGCCCUAAUGUCACAGUUCACUUGCAAAUGAAAAUGCACAAAAACAACUAAAGAUCACAGAUUACAAAAAAAAUACAUCACAGUAUCUAAAACAAUAUGAUUAACUGUUACAUUGCCAUAGCUUGUCUCGUUCGCUUUGUUUUGGCUGCAUUUUUAUCAGGUAAAACUGGAGGAAGCGCUGUGUAACUGCAGACUGGUUUGGCAUGCAGAAAGAAAAAAAACGCAGGCUGGGACGGAUAUUCAAAUAAACUGUAACAUUGAAGAGAUGGGCUUUGUACCAGAAAACUGGAGACGGAGUCGGAAAUCGCGUGGGAAAGUGCAUUCAUUUGUUACAUAUUGUUAUAUAUAUAUAUAUAUAUAUAUAUAUUAAGGGGGAUUGAUUUUAUUCUUAAUACAAGGGUGGUAAAACACAACUGACUUGUAUCUGGGUAACGGAUAUCCGAGUGCUGACUGUAGUACAAAUGCAAAAUGUUAUUUUUCUGUGACUGUUGUAAAACAAAUGUAUAAAUUGCUGUCAAGCACACAGUAUAAUACUACAUUAUUCUUUUUGUAGUCAUUUUCUGAAGUAAAUACAACAAGUAAACGAUAUCUGUUCAUUUUUCAACAUUUAUAAUUAUAAAAAAGUUUAAAUAUAGGACCUAUGUCUUGUUCUAGUAAUUUACACUAGCUUAACUGCACUAUUAUCGGUAUCCUAUCGGUAUUGGCCGAUAUGGGUAGAUAACCCUCGGCUAUCAGUAUCGGCCAAGAAAAUCUUUAUCGGUGCACCCCAACUUCCAACAGAUUGUUUGUUUGUUUGUUUGUUUGUUUGUUUGUUUGUUUGUUUUGAAAACAUAUUAAAUUGAGCAUUACAAUUAUUAGCAUUAAUAUUUGUUAGAUCUGUUAUGCUUGUAUUUCAGAUAGCUGUGCAUCUGCUUUAAAUGGAGACCAAGCUAUUAUAUAUUGUAAUACAUGUAUAAAAUGCCUAUUCCAGUGACUUUUUUUUUUUUGACAAACUUAAUAAGCAGAUAGCCUAAGAAAGUAAUUGCAUAAUAUUUUGACACUGUCAUAAGUAGACCUUUAGCAAUCCUUUUCUGAUCCUGAAUGUCUAUUUCUAUAGGAUACACAAUCCUAAUGUACUCUUCUUGUCUGAAGAAUAACUUUCAAAUGCAUUUCUUUCUAGAUAUUUAUCAAUAAGAGUGCACUUUUCCCAAUGCUUGCUUUGAAUGUGUUUUAUUUGUUAGUAUUUAUAAGGGGUGUGUUUUAGCAGGUACUGAGCUACAUGUGUAUAUUCCCAGAUUGGGUGGGUAGUUUCCGUUUUAAAAUGUGUUUUUCCAGAGGCUUGGAAAGACCCCACAGUAAAUCAAGCUGAGAUGUGAUUGUGAUCCUUUUAAUUAGGGGUGCUGCAAUCUCCUGUUUGGGUGUUUUGAGAUCACUGCUAAUAAUUCAAAUUAGGAGUUUUAAACUUGAUGAUUUCUUUUAAUACAUUCUGCUACAGAACUAUAGUGUCAGUGCCCAAAACAUUCAGUAAAAUUUAAACCUUUACAAUCAAAUGUAGCUCAAAAAUACCAGGGCACAGACAGAGGUAUCAAUAAAUGCAUUUGUUUUAAUGUUUGUGUGAAUGCUUUGUUGUUUAAAUCAGCCUGAUUGUAUUAAUCAGCAUGGAUUGCAAUUGAUUUUUAUCAUAACAACAAAAAAAAAAUGAAUUUGUUUUUAAACCCCAAAUUGCCAAAUUAAAACUACAUUUAAAAACGG